AUGGCAGACGAGACAGAAGUCCUGGAUUGGGGGAACGAAGAGGAGGAGCGGGUAGCAUUAGGCGAGCAAGGUAGUUUCGCAGCAGAGGAAGAUGCGGUGUCGCUAGGUGGCGACGAGGAGGACGAGUUUUUGGCUCACCAGUCUCGUGUUCCUCAACGCACAAGUCGCCCUCAGACUCCUUUGACGGCCACGGAACCACCAGGAAAGCAAGACGCCCCAGCGGCCCAGGCGAAGGCAAAUCUCCCGAGCAAGUCUGACCCAGCGCGCGCAGAUACCCCGUCCAAAUAUCAGCAGUCGGAUAAGGAGGCAGACGAGGGUGCUCUCCGACCGUCUUCUGCUCUUUCGCGCCCAAUUGGAAAGCUGACCCAUGCUUUGCCUCCAAAGCCUUUGGUGACAAUUAUGCCGUUCGUCCAUCCUUCUCACCCUUCCACCUUUGAAGCUACAGCCAUGGCUAGUCUCACUGAACGCAACAAGAGAGACGGUGUCGGUCAAAAAGCACACGCUCAUGACAACGGUGAUUCGCUUCCCCCAGGGUGGGAGGUCAAAUUGUCCCGAAGUACCGGUGAAGUCUACUAUUACAAUAGCAGAACGCAAGAGUCUACUUGGACUCAGCCC